AUGCCACCUGCCGCGCGACCUGCCUGCACGAGGCUUGUGUCGAUGAUGCUAUCGAAAAGACGCGCGUGACGACAUUAGUGCAUCUGGCAAAUAUUAGGUCUCAAGACUGACCGAAAAAAAAAAAGGCGACUCUAUUCCCACUGUUCGAGAGGAAUACGAAGUCCAGACGUGUCUUUUAUGGGAGUGCGAAGCGUUUUCGAAGAUUUCGUUGUCACGGAUCCGCUAUUUUUUCUCACCGCCAGUGAGGCUUGCGGGGUGUUCAUGGAACCGACGAAUGUGCGGAGGUGGUCACUAUUCCGGUACUCUCAGGUGUCGGGGAAUCGCUCGAAGAUAGAAGGGAUUCCACCGCGAACCUCUCCAAGAGCGAGCGCCCAAAGCGUGGUGGCAAGAAGAAGCACCAGCAGCGCGACAACGAGCACACACACGACAUGCCGACCUUAAGCGGACUUCACCUGCCUUCCUCCAGUCCCACCGGCAACGGUGGAAUCGCUGCUCCCGGAACCUGCCAGCCAUCGACCACAGUCCGCAUCACCGUGAUGGGAGCGGCCCGCGUCGGCAAGUCUUCACUCAUUCAACAAUUCCUGUACGGCCGGGUGCCGAAGCAGCACAACGCCACCGUGGAGGAGCUGCACCGGCGAGACUACGGUGCCUCCAACGGAGGGCGCCACAGGCUCACCCUGGAGCUGCUGGACACCAGCGGGAGCUACCAGUUCCCGGCCAUGAAACAGCUGGCCAUCACAACGGCGCAGGCAUUCAUCUUAGUCUACUCUAUCGACGACAUGGAGUCCUUCGAAGAGGUCCGUCGCCUUCGAAGUGAAAUUCAAGAAGCCCGCGCCGAACUCGGCAAGGGCAUGCCCCCGGUCGUGAUCGUGGGCAACAAGUCCGACCUGGCGUUCAGACGCACCGUGGGUUACGAAGUUGCGGAGACCGUCGCCACAAUCGACUGGGAACACGGCUACGUCGAGUGCUCGGCCCUCGAAGGUCUCAACGUGACGCAAGUCUUUCACGAGGUUCUCAUGCAAAGCAAGCUUCCCGAGGUCCUCUCCAACUCAAACCGGCGGCGACAGUCGUGCCCCGCACAAGUCCACUCGCACAAAAGGUUGUACAGCAACGGAGCAAAGAGGCACAGCUGCAUCAUUUCGUGAACUGUCUUUCGUGAACGUUUACGUCAUGCACCCGUGGAAGAAAAUGUUAUUGUGCUUGUCAAAUUAGCGUCGCAAAGUUCAGAAACAAAACUUCGUAACGCGUUGAUCAGACGACGUCAUUUAGAAGUGGAACGUUUUGUUUUCGCAAGGUAUAGGCCCAAAUACGGAGCAACUACCUAUUCAUAUCUAACAGCUGGCGCCUGGAUAGAUUGGAUAUCUUAGCGUUCCGCGGCGCGUUUGUGAAUAAGUGUGGUACAAAGAUUUCUUCGUGAGACUGUUGGCUGAUCAUCUCAGAAAGAUGAGGCGCGAAACGCCUUCCUUCCUUCUUGGAGGACACGGAUAUACAGGGUCUUUCACCAAGAUUCCUUGCGGAGAAGCAAAUUCAUCAGCCAAAACUAUAUCAGGCGUCCGAGUGAAAUUUUUUUCUCGUAAUCCUGAGAAAGACAAAAGUACAAACAUUCAGUCAGAACGUCCACGGUGAUGCCUUAGUGAGCCCCAGAUUACAGGGUAUCCAGAGUAAAGUACACGCACUUGAAAGACGCACGAACAAUGCUGAUUCACGCCAUACUUUUUGUGAAUAGAAUUCUGGUUCUACUUGAAUGUAAUGUAGCUGGGCAUAUAUUUAUGGCGCUAUGAUAGACGCGGUGGAUGUGAACAGCCAGGUGACAUGUACAAAAAGAGCGAAUGCCUUAUUUAAUCUAAAUAGAGAGAAAUACGGACUACAGGCAGGGAGAUUAACCAAUCUUUGUAAACCUACACGAGGGAAGGUGAAGCAAGGAAGGCUAAUAGAGAAGGUUGCGUAAUAUAAACGGCCAACACCCGCUGUUUUCAUUUCAUAGAGAGAUAAGCACUUGUACGUCCGCAUUGAAUUUUUUGAUAAGGUCACUCACUCUCUGCUUCAGUGACAGCUACCUUCACAAUACCUUGGCAACGUUUACGAUUGUACAGAUGCCGAACAAUCAGUUUCCUUUUUGUCUUUGUACAGCGUGAGAUGCGCUGUCAUUCGAUUCUCACUCUUUCUUCGAGAGUGCACUUGUGUAUUUCUGAAUGUCCUUGUUUUCGGAGUUAUUGUUGGUCGUGUCACUUCACAUUUGUGUAUGUGUACGCUUGAGGCAUUUGAAAUGAUUUCUCCAGGUCGUUUUGCAGUACUGUUUACGCGAAAUACUUCUUGGGCAUUGUACUCGUACUAACGCCUGCCUCUGCUAAAUGUUCCGUCAACAUUACGAGUAUGAUAGGCAGCGAGAUAAUGCGCAUGCGCAAUCUACUGGGUCACCUUUAUGCUUUCCUGCAAUAGUGCUCUGACGCGAUGUCACAGCAAAUGGCUGCUGAUGCGAGUAUGUUUUUGUUUCCCGUAGAUGAAACACAAACAGAAAGCCUGUACAUUUAUAUUAGUAGAGCAGAAACAAGAUCGAUGCUUGAAAAGACGAAAGAUUUUUCGAUAGGGAGCGCAGCUGCAGCGAACAUUUUGACAAGUGGUCUUGUGUUCACGACAUCAACAGUUAAUUGCUGUCAUGUGGAAGACAAGACACCUUCUUGAAACGUCCUCUACAGCGGCAUCUCCGCUAUCUGUGUUCAAACACAUCUUUUAUCUAUUCCACAAAACGCCGUCAUGCUAAUUUCAGAAUCACAAUAACAACGGAGUUGGAAACGCGCAUUUAGAAAGUCAGGAUAAAUAGUUGUGUGAAAUAGAGUGAAGUUUUUAUGCUGCGCCAGCUUUCGCCUCGAAAACUUUGCGUCAGUGUAACUUCAGGGACACACGUACGUACCACAGCCAUUGUCAUUCUCCCCGCUUAGAUGUGAAUGUCAGUGUUUUUGUUGUUUUUGUUCUGGUUGUGAUUGUACUGCAUUUGCUGCAUUGUUCUUUUCGGAGCAUGGAGGCUCGUAUCUACAUACAAGAUCAAAACGUUUCUGUUGUGCACAUCAAAGUAAGGUAUACAUGUAUAUACACAGGGCUACUGCUUAUCACUGAAUCUUCACUUACCUGCUGUAUGUAUAUACACACCCUGGAAACCACCUUUCUGCUAUUUAAGGAACUUGUAUUUUUAUAUACUGUUAAAACUGUCCUGUGAUUGUAAUAUACGGUCCUGUCUCCGCAGUAUUUAUUCAGCAAAAUAUAAUAUCUGCUUUCACUCUGUCUUUUUCAUGCGCACACUCAAAGAGUCUUCCAAUAAAUAAAUUCUGAAAAACAA